CUUAACAUAACAGAAUGUAAUACAGAACAGAGAUAAUAGUGAUAUAUGAAUGAUGCUGAACUCACUGCUUUUCUUUUCAGAUGCAGACCACUGCACCAAAUGUCCAGAAGAUCAGCAUCCAAACAAAGAUCAAGAUCAAUGUGUCCCUAAGAUUAUCACCUUCCUGUCCUAUGAAGAGUCUUUGGGGACCCUCCUGACCUCCUUCACCCUAUUCUUGUCCUUAAUCACAGGGAUUGUGUUAGGAAUCUUCAUUAAAUUCCUAGACACUCCCAUAGUCAAAGCAAACAACCGGGACCUCACCUAUAUCCUUCUUGUCUCCCUCCUGUUUUCCUUUCUGUCCUCUUUCCUGUUCAUUGGGCGGCCAAGGAAGAUGACCUGCCUUCUCCGACAAUCUGCCUUCAGUGUCAUCUUCUCAGUUGCCGUCUCUUCCGUGUUGGCCAAAACCAUCACAGUGGUCUUGGCUUUCCUAGCCACAAAGCCAGGGAACAGGGUGAGGAGAUGGCUGGGGAAGAGUUUGGCCAACUCCAUUGUCAUUUCCUGUUCCACUGUCCAAGUUCUCAUCUGCACCAUCUGGCUUGGAAUGUUUCCACCAUUCCCAGAUUCCGACAUGCACUCCCAGCCUGGAGAGAUCACCCUGCAGUGCAAUGAAGGGUCUGUUGCCAUGUUUUACAUUGCCCUUGGCUACAUGGGCUUCCUGGCUGCCAUCAGCUUCACAGUAGCUUUUUUUGCCAGGAAGCUGCCUGGGGCCUUCAAUGAAGCCAAGCUGAUCACCUUCAGCAUUCUGGUCUUCUGCAGUGUUUGGGUGUCCUUUGUGCCCACCUACCUGAGCACCAAGGGGAAAUACAUGGUGGCUGUGCAGAUCUUCUCUAUCUUCGCUUCCAGUGCUGGGCUUCUGGGCUGCAUCUUCCUUCCCAAGUGCUACAUUAUUGUAUUCAGACCUGAACUGAAUACAAAAGAGCAUCUAAUGAUGCAAACAUCUGACAAUAGGAACUAGAAAUGGAGACAAGUUCUGUCCCCACUGAUAUCUAGACCAGAACCAUAGCUUCUGAUAACGCCAAAUCUUUAUCUAGGAUGGCUCCAAGACGUUAUU